AAAAUUUUCUGUUUUCUGGAUGUGACGCGGAUGCGCACAAAACUUUGACGUCAAACGUUCCCGCUGAACGGACAGGACCUUCCGGCUCCUAUGGAUAUUGAUUUUCCAUGUUUCGAGGUUUCUAGAGCAGCCGAAUACGCGCAUGUACAGCUAUAUAUGCGCAUGUGCAGCUAUUGACAUCAACAUGGCGGCCUACCGCGCUCGAAUCUUCUUUCGUCGCAUUUCAACGCGUUCGCGAUGAUACACAAGGAUGCACAAGGUACGCGAAUGUACAAUUUAAUUUACGAACCUCUUGCGAGGUGUUGCUGAUCAAUAUGGCUGACAAUAGACAUGCCAUUGUCACGUGCUUGCUGAUCGUCACUUCAGUCGCGAUUGUUGAUGGGCAAUUAUUGUCUACGGAACAUCGAACUCAUGCAGCAUCGGAACGAGUGAACGAUUUAUGGUGUUAUCAGUGUGAAACGAUGGAAGAUGGAGAGAAAUGUUCCAAUCUUACCGGAAAUUAUAGCGCUUUCGAAUACAAGUGCACUGGUGACAAAAGGACUUGCAUGGUGAAACGAUUUUCUUACACCACCAGCACUGAAGAUUCAACCUCUAGUCCUCAAACGUGGUCGAUGGAAAGGAAGUGUACCAGUAAAUGCGAUCCUGGAUGUAUAGUGAUCGGCGAACGUACAAAACUGUCGGCUUGCACUACUUGUUGCGAACAAUCAUUUUGCAAUGUUGGCACUGGUGCUGCGAAUGAAUUGAUGAUAAAUUGGAUCGAUCUAUUUCUAGCUUUAGUAUUGCAAAUUACAUUGACAAUCAUUAUACAUCCGUCCUGACAUUGCAAACAAAAUGAUUCUCAAUCUUCCGUGUAAAUAAUAUAAUCAAUUAGUUAUUAUGUACAUAUCAUUCGAAUUUUAAUUUUGAUAAAAUAAAAAUGAAAAAUUUCGUGACAUUUAUGUUUAAACAUACGCUGUAAUAUACGUUGUAAUAUGCAUAAAUGUAAUAUUUAUUAUAUUUAAUUUUGUAAAUAUAUUAGAAAUCAAUUUGAUUGUUUCAUAUUCCAUAAAGCUAUAUUAUAUUAUAUCAUGGAUUAAAAUGUAUCUAAAUAAACUUUAGAAAAAUAUUAAAAAUAUUAAAUAUAUUAAAAGAAUUGUUAAUAACAUGGUAAUAAUUAAUUUAUGGAGUAUGAUGAAGUACUGUUCAAUUAUUUAAAUUGAACGUGUCUUCUUAUUUACAAUUUUAUUAUUAUAUUUCAAAUUGUUAUAUAAUGUUGGAAUAUAUGAUAUAAUAUUACUGUAUAAAUUGUAUAAAUAUUUAUGAAUUUUAUUUAUUUAAUUUUUUAACUGAUUGUUCUUUGUAAUAAAUACUUUUUAUUGAUA